AUAGUAUGUGGACCUGAACGCGUUCCUAUAAAUCAGAGGGAGCACCUCGUUCUUUCCCCAGCGAAUUGGGCACCACACGUAUACUUCAGCUGUACAAUGCGCUUCUUCUCCUCUCUCAUCAUAACCGUUGCGACCGCCAUCAUAGUCCGUGGUGCAGACGCUAUCACUGAGGCCUUAAACGCCACAGAUGUACAAGCCAUGGAUGCCCUCAGCGUCCAGCUCAAUCAAGGCAACUUCUACGGUGCUCCCUUCCCUCCGUGGCAAAAGGGCUGCAAGCCAGGAUGGUACUACGGCGACCAUCCCGACCGGGUUCCACCCAUCUUCCCAGGUCUCCCUUGGCUAAAGGAUGGUUACCUGUGCUGGCUCCUAGAGUUCCUUCAUUGCGGCUUCCACUGCCCCAAACCUCCUCACCACCAAAAUCCCCCUCCGUCAAAUGAUGGCUACAAACAGGUGUUUUCCAAUUAUAGCGGCGCCGUCCAAGCAUCCGACUAUAUGACAUAUGGAUUGGUUGACACGGUUGCAGCCUGCAAAGAUAUGUGCGACAGCGUUGACGGAUGCGUAUUCAUCAACCCCUACCAUGAUGUAAACGGAAAGGAUGGAAGUCCCCUCUUGACCUGCUCGCUUUUCUCCAAGUGCCACACCAUCGCAGACGCCACCAACCUCGGAGGACAGACUCAACCUGAUGGCUCUGUCGACUUCAUCACCGACAGUGCAGGAUUUUGUAAGACGAAGUGAUUCGUUGUUUCGCAAGAUACUACGAGUAAUUUGAAUAGCUACAUAUGUACACUGUUGUUUGCAGCCCUGUGGAACUGAACGAAAUACCAAAAUGCCAGUCUUGAUUCGUGCCUAGCAAUGUUAUACUAUCCGGUGACCGAUGAGCGGUGGGAAUAAACCAGUGUGCAUUGAAUCAAUAGUUCAAAAGACACCGAAAAUCAUUCCACCUACGCCGUCACUACAAAAU